AUGGCCACCGAGAACAAGUUGCCCACCGACUCCAAGUACGACCAGUACGACUUCCCCACGACUGCCCCGGAGUCGCAGUCUGGUCACCCAGGCCACACCACCCCGGAACAGGAUGCUAAGGUGCACCAGCUCCGCGCUGAGCUGGAAAAGCUCGGCUACACUGAGCGCCUGGACACCUUGACUCUGCUGCGUUUCCUGCGUGCCCGCAAGUUCGAUGUCGAGGCCGCCAAGACCAUGUUCACCAACAGUGAGGCAUGGCGCAAGGAGUUCGGCACUGAUGACCUCGCUCGUACCUUCGAAUACCCCGAGAAGGAGAAGGUCUUCGAAUACUACCCCCAGUACUACCACAAGACUGAUAAGGAUGGACGUCCCGUGUACAUCGAGAAACUGGGCAAGAUCGACUUGAACAAGAUGUACCAGAUCACAACCGGCGACCGCAUGCUCAAGAACCUCGUGACCGAGUACGAGAAGCUUACCGACCCCCGUCUCCCCGCCUGCUCCCGCAAGGCCGGCAAGCUCCUCGAGACCUGCUGCACAAUCAUGGACCUCAAGGGCGUUGGUAUCACUAGCGUGCCCUCCGUCUACGGAUACGUCAAGCAGGCUUCCGACAUCUCCCAGAACCACUACCCCGAGCGUCUUGGCAAGUUGUACCUGAUCAACGCCCCUUGGGGUUUCAGCAGCGUGUUCAGCGCCGUCAAGGGUUUCCUUGACCCCGUUACUGUUAGCAAGAUCCACGUCCUCGGCAGCGGAUAUCAGAAGGAGCUCCUUGCUCAGGUCCCCGCUGAGAACUUGCCCGUUGAGUUCGGCGGUACUUGCAAGUGCGAGGGUGGCUGUGAGCUUGCUGACUUCGGUCCCUGGAGGGAGGAUGAGUGGGUUCGCACUCCCAAGUGGGCUCAGCCCAAGGAGGAGGCCGCUGCCCCUGCUGAGGCCGCUGCCCCUGCUGAGGCCGCUGCCCCUGCUGAGGCCGCUGCCCCUGCUGAGGCUGCUGUUGCCCCUGCUGAGGAGAAGAAGGAAGAGGCUGCCGCUGUGGCUACCGCCUAA